AUGUGGCGGUGGCGAGCAGUUGAAAGAAAAGCAAACGAUCGAGGAAAAGAAAGACGAGCGAUAAAGAAAAGAAGUUCAAACCGAUCUAAUAUGCCAAAUAUUUCUCAUUGUUUCAGGUUACAUCACCUAGGCUGGGGUGCUUUCAUCAUCGCCGCGGCACAGGUGAUCUUUGUCCUUCAACUUGCACAAGGAACGACCGGCAUCACGACAAUCAGCCCGGUGAGCUUUCAAGCCAAUGGCAAUGCCACACAUGGAGCCCUUUCAUCCACCGCAUCUACCGGAGGGCUCACUACAGGUCCUUCCCAUGGUCGAGAUCACUCCUCAACGCUCCAUCCUUCUUCAACUACGGCCCCAAAGGUGCAACGCAAACGUGGCAGCAUUAGCGGCGGAAAGAAGAACGUCGUCGUGCAGCAACCAGCGCAACCUACGUUGGACAACGCGAAUAACUCACGCGAAGCACUCUCCCACGAGGGCAGCGAACCGGUCGUCUACGUAUCGGACACAUCCGGUUACAUACCGCUGACGGCGCUCCAGUCGUCUCAUCCACGGUUGCCAUCACCACCGGUAUAUGGCGGAGAUCUGGAUGCCGCCUGGCGACCCGAUCCUUGGGACAGGGACUACAAUCGGCGCUAUCGCUUCAACAACACCCGGGUACAGCAUAUCGAGGCUGAAUGUCAGGACGAUUACAUGAAGAUUCGCAUCGGAUUCAACGGCUCCUUCAACGGGCUUCUUUACUCGUCUGGCUACGCGUACGAUCCAGACUGCAUGUACAUCAACGGUUCCGGUCGCGACUAUUACGAGUUCUUCAUCCAGCUGAACCGGUGCGGAACGCUGGGAAAGAACGCGAUCGGUGAGGAUAGCCGCAAGAAUCCAACGAAAAACUUCAUGUGGAACACGGUCACGGUGCAGUACAACCCGCUAAUCGAAGAGGAGUUCGACGAGCACUUCAAGGUGACUUGCGAGUAUGGGUACGAUUUCUGGAAAACGGUGACAUUUCCCUUUCUCGACGUCGAAGUCGCAACAGGCAACCCGGUAGUGUUCACGCUCAGCCCUCCGGAGUGCUACAUGGAGAUCCGGAACGGUUACGGAACGAAUGGCGCCCGUGUAACGGGUCCAGUCCGUGUCGGCGAUCCUCUGACACUGAUCAUUUACAUGCGCAGCAAGUACGACGGGUUCGACAUCGUGGUAAAUGACUGUUUCGCGCACAACGGUGCCAACAAGAGGAUCCAGCUGAUCGACGAGUACGGUUGUCCGGUCGAUGAUAAGCUGAUUUCGCGGUUCCGUGGCAGUUGGUCCGAUACGGGCGUGUUCGAGACGCAGGUGUACGCGUACAUGAAGACGUUCCGCUUCACAGGAUCGCCCGCGCUGUACAUCGAGUGUGAUGUACGCAUGUGCCACGGCAGGUGUCCGAGUCAACCAUGCCACUGGAGAAAUCUGAAGGGCGUCACGAAACGUGAGGCCGUUCAACCCCAGGUCAACACCACGCUUUCGGAUAAUAUAAGCCUCUUCCAAGCGCUGCGCGUGUUGCAGGAAGAGGACGAAGAAGCGCGAGCCAAGAAGGAAUCGGUCACCUCUGCCAAGCCACAAGACAUGUCAGAGACGUGUAUGAAGACGUCCGUUUUGUCCGCCUUGCUUGCCACGUGCUGUGUACUGCUUUGCGUGCUCGGUGGCUCUCUAUUAGCGGCUUGCGCGAAACUCCGAUACCGCAAGAAAGACGCCGCCUUUUUCGACAACUAUGUCGGACAUAAGGCGCAGCUGGAUUAA